CAAAUUUUUUUGAAAACGAUAAUCACUACAAAGAAACAGUUUAUGAAUUCAGAUUCGGUAUGAAAUAAUCUAUAAGAGUCAUUUAUAAAUAAAUUGCAAAAUUGCAAGCAUUAAAAAGGUAUCGAGCAAUGCCGGUCGUGUUUACUUACUUUUGGAACGUGUAUUCGUUGCAUACCGUGAAUCUUUAUUAUUUUUUAUGAGGAAAUCCUUCACUAAUGAACAUUUUAUCAGCAUAAUUAUAUAGAUUAUUUCACGUAGGUUCAGCAGAUAUACAAUUUGUUUUUUGAACUUACAUAUUUGCUUUGACACAAGCUCUAAGUGUUUACUUACUUUUGUUAGCCGCUGUACAUACGUAAUCACAUAUCAGAAAGUAUGAAACAAAUAUUCAUAUAUAGCGAGAUAGUGAUAUAAUCUUUUUGCAAUACAAAUUAUUUACGAACACGUGUUUUACGAAUAUAAAGUAUGGAUUCAUACACUUAUUGUUAUAAAAAGCAAGGCAGACAUUGUCAGGACAUGCGGUAACUUGUCUGUCAUUGGAAGAAAGUAGCGUCUCUACCGAACAGGAACGCAUAUGAUGUAGGAAGUAGUAGUUUCAUAUGAAUGGUCGUGCUAUAUUUUGAUACCUGCUUCUGUAUAUUAUUCUCAGUGAUAUAAAAAAUCAUGCGCUUAUAUAAUGCAUGGAGUAUCGCAAGUAAGUUUAGAAAUUACUUGCCGGUGUUAUUACAACACCGAAACUUUACAAUGAAACCACGUGUAUUAGUCACAUGUGGCGAUGUGCCUUCUGCCGGUAUAGAUUUAUUACGUACAAAAUGUGAUGUCACGAUCAUUCAUGCUCUUACAAGUAGCCGCAAAGAUGUGUUACAAGCUCUUCCAGGACAUGAUGCUAUAUUUAUUGCUGUACCCAUGCACGUCGACAAUGAAUUUCUUAAUGCUGUAGGACCCAGUCUGAAAGUAGUUUCAACAAUGUCAGCUGGUUAUGAUCACUUAAACGUUCCUGAAAUUAAAAGAAGAGGUAUUAAAGUCGGUAAUACACCUCUAGCCGUAUCGGUUGCAGUUGCAGAAAUGGCAAUACUCUUGGCAUUGAGUGCAGCAAGACGAGCUCAUGAAGCACGUUUAAAACUCGAACAAGGUGAAGUGAAGAAUAAUUUGCAAUGGAUGAUAGGCCACGAAUUACGAGGAUCGACAGUUGGUAUUGUUGGUUUAGGCAAUAUUGGACAAGCUAUUGUUAAACGUUUGAAAGGAUUCGACGUGAGUCGUUUUGUUUAUACUGGUCAUUCUCGUAAGAAAGCAGGAGAUGAACUUGGCGCCCAUUUUGUAUCACUCGACGAGCUCCUUGGACAAAGCGACUUUAUAAUCGUUGCUACACCACUUACGAAUGAAACCAUGGGAAUGUUUAAUGACGAUACGUUCGGUAAAAUGAAGGAAACAGCGGUAUUCGUAAAUAUUGGUCGUGGAAAAGUUGUAAAUACGGAAGCAUUGAUUAAAGCACUUCGUAAUAAGACUAUUUUUGCGGCGGGCCUUGAUGUCACUGAUCCCGAACCAUUGCCUCCUGAUCACGAACUUCUUAAACUUCCUAAUGCUGUGAUCAUACCACACUUGGGCACUGCUACCAUGAGAACUACAAUUGAUAUGUCAAUUACUGCAGCACAAAACAUUCUCAAUGGAUUAGAGGGUAAGCCAUUAGUGUAUGAAGUAUAAUUAACAAGUUUGCAUGUUUAAAACUUAAAGUUUCAUUAUACAACCUACUACUGUGUAUUUACUUGAAAUGAUGUAAUGACAAUGAUACACUUUUGUAUGUUUAAGAAUAUUUACUGGUAUAAUCGCAUAUAAUAUAUAGUUUAAUAUCACCCAUUCUUUACAUAAAUUUAUACUAUUU